AUGAAGCCCGACAUGAAGCCCGAUAGGCAUCUCAAAAGGGAGUUUGAGAAAGAUACAUCCAGACUUGCUGACUUGAACCGACAAUAUGCUGCUCACGAGAAGAUACUACUCGAGAAUCAUUAUCGAUCGAAGAUAGAACUCGAGAAAAUUGCCGAUGAGAAGCAGGCCAGCUUUGAGAAAUGGAAAGUAUUCAUCAAGAGCGCGGCAAAUACGAGCACUCUUCCCGAGCCGGCCGAGUUCAAGGCGAUUGAUAAUCAUGGCAAGAGACGAUCGAUUAAGGUGGGCCCUAGAACAUCUUCACAUGAAAUGAGGAAGGCUAUUUCUAUGCAUGAUGCGUCUAAGUACGAGGAAAAGAGGAAGAGGGAAAUUGCUGAAUGGAAGCGCAGUCGGGAAGAUUUUAGCGCGCGGAUGAGUGAGAUAUUGAAGAAAAAGAACCGCAUUCUUGGUCUUGGUUCAAGUGAUGAUCACUUUGUUGCCUGCUUCAAUGAUCCAACCAGCAACUCCCACAUAACCCCCACACGUGUCGUCUACCAUACAUUUUUUCGACAGCCAUCGCCCGACAAGAGGCUUGAGAGCGAAAACUCUCGACUGUCGGAAGAACUCGCUUUGUUCAAGAGACAGCUGAGAGAGCUUUCGGAGGACUACAGAAGCCUUGAGUAUGAAAAGGAUAAGCUGACUCAGAACAAUGAAGCCCUUUCCGACUCUUUGAGAUCAACGCAGGAGUUCAUGAGACAAAUUGCAGAGAAUAGAGACGAGCAAGUUCAGACAAACCGAAAAUACGCCGAGGAAAAUCAAAGACUUAAACGCGCAUUGGACUCUGCACAGACCCAACUAAGAGGUAAUCCUAGACGAGUUUCCUUUGACGAUGACGACAACGAUAGACUGAGGGAGGAGAACAAGAAUCUAUCAUAUUCGUUGGCCAAAAUCAAGCGUGACAGAGAACCGCACGACAUUCUCCGAGAUAUCGGCAUUGAAACCCGUCUCAAAUUCCUUCAAAGUUGCAAGGCGCACGAAUAUCCAAACAUCCACCAUCGCGCGCCAUACCGAAUGUCUUCGCGUGGCCAACCAAGUCUCAAUAUCGAUUUCGGAGCUGCAGUUAUGAGCUCUGGCGCAGGUAUAUCCUUUUGGGGAAAUGUGCGAGUCGAUGCGGCGCUACUCAUCAUUAAUUCCCAUCAUCGGGUGAAGUUUGAUUCAACGUUUGAGGAAAUAUACGGAGUGGCUCUCGAUGAGGUUGUAAAUGGUUGCGGUAGCAAAUAUGAACGACGAAGCAAGAUGACGGAGAUGGUGAGCUUGAGAGGUACAAUGGCACGCAUGGGAUGCUUCAGCGGACACACGCCAGAUAGGGAUGCGGAUGAUAGAUUCUUGACGCUUUGGGAGUAUUGUGAGUCGGAAUAUGAGGAUGUGGUCAGAAGAACGUCGACGGCUCUCCAGGCAGCAAAAACAUUCAGUAGUAAUCCGGAGGUCAUUGAAGCCUGCAACAGCAUGCGUCAGAUUUGCGAGGCUGUUGUUGAGAGAGUUGAGAUUGAUAGGCAUCAUCCAUAUAUGAGUGGCGGUCUCAAUGGCACAUUUAUUUGA